UAAUCACAUAACCCAAACAUGUCUUCAGGUCAAAAUGGUCAGAAAGAUAUUUUACCGAAACCAUUUAUUUCCCGGUAAACUCCUUAUCCGACGUCCGAUCUAUAUGUAUUUUACGAUUUUUCACUGAUCCGAAGACCUCCAAUUCUAUAAUCAAUUGUGUAGUUCUUUGUCGUUCUCGCACUGAGGAAGGUUUUCCCGGUUGAAUUCAUCGUUAUUCAUGUCUAAGGAGAGAGAGACAGAGAGCUCUUUUCGUCAUUCAGUCAGUGGUUGAGUGUUUACACUUCAUCUCUCAAGUCUUAAUCGGCACCUACCUUCAGUAGAUCUCUACGUUGACGCUCUGAAGUGCUACCUCUGUGCCUCUUUGGAGUUCGAUUGACUUCUGCUUUGAAGAAUUGAAGCUUCUUGAAAUUGUUUCUGUAGAGUUGAAGUUAGGACGGAGUUAAUUGUAUGUCUGGGGCUGUUUUAUCAACUUUCUGAUAGUUGAUAGUUCAGUAUCUUGGUGGUCUUCGCCAUGGAAAGGAGUGUCCCCGGCAGACUUGCAGGUUCGGAAAUUCAUGGGUUUCGUACAAUGGAAGAUUUGGAUGUCCCAAGUAUGAUGGAGGAAGCCAGGACGAGGUGGCUGCGCCCAAAUGAAAUUCAUGCAAUACUAUGUAACCACACUUAUUUCACCGUCAAUGUCAAGCCAAUCAAUUUGCCCCAAAGUGGCACAAUUAUAUUGUUUGACAGGAAAGUGUUGAGAAACUUUCGAAAAGAUGGGCACAACUGGAAGAAGAAAAAGGAUGGGAAGACUGUUAAAGAAGCGCAUGAGCAUUUAAAAGUUGGUGAUGAGGAAAGGAUCCAUGUGUAUUAUGCACAUGGUGAGGAUAAUCCGAAUUUCGUCCGCAGGUGUUACUGGUUACUUGAUAAGAAACAAGAGCACAUAGUCCUUGUACAUUAUCGUGAAACAUUAGAGGCACAAGGUUCUCCAGUCACACCUGUUAAUUCAAAUUCCAGUCCAGAAAAUUCAGGCCCAUUUGCUUCUAGAGUAUUAUCAGAAGAAAAUGAUUCUGGAGCUAAUCAUGGGUUUUAUGCUGGUUCUGGCUCACCACUUGUCAGUGAAUCAGCAGAGCUUGAUGAUCAUUUCUCUGUACUACACGAAAUUAACACACUUGAGUGGGAAGAUCUAUUGGGGGCACAAGAUGCCAGUAAUCCUAGUCCACCUAAAAGAGGUGAAGUUGCACACCUUGAGCAACAAAAUUUAUAUGAACUAAGGGGCUCCCUGCAUAGUCAGGGUAGCUUUCUCCCAACCAAUAGUCUACCUACAACAUUAUCUUCUUUCAGGCAUCCGACUGAACAGAUGGCUAAGAGUGCUUCAAUUGACAUCAGACCACCAAACAGUGGUUACGUUCAGACUGCAGGAGUGAUAUCAAAUAACCAAUGGAAGGACUUCGAAAAAACAGAUGAAUCCUUGAAUGCUUCUUUUGGAAACAGUUUGCUAACUCAAGAUAGUUUUGGAAGAUGGAUGAACUGCAUAAUAUCUGACUCCCCAGGAUCAAUAGAUAAUGUGCAACUUCAGUCCUCUAUUUCAACCACUCAUGAAACAACUCUAUCUGAAAUUACUGAUCAUCAUCAUCAUACCUCUACACAGGGUCAAGUUUUUAGUAUAACUGAUGUUUCACCUUCAUGGGCAUUCUCAACAGAAGAAACAAAGGUCAUCAUGGUUGGGUUUUUCCAUGCAGAGUAUUCACAUAUUGCAGAGUCCAAUUUACUUUGUGUUAUUGGUGAUGUAUGUGUUCCUGUAGAAAUGAUUCAAGUUGGAGUAUUUCGCUGCAUGGCAUCACCAAAUAACACUGGAUUUGUGGAUCUCUAUUUGAGUCUUGAUGGUCGUACACCAAUUAGCCAAGUUCUGACUUUUGAGUAUCGCUCCCCUUUAAUAGAUAACCAGGGAGCUUCACAAGAAGACAAGUGUAAGUGGAAAGAGUUUCAAAUUCAGUUGCGACUUGCUCGAUUAUUGUUUUCUACAAACAACAGCCUUAGCAUUCUGUCUAGUAAGGUAUUACCAAAUGCCCUGAAGGAAGCAAAGAAAUUUGCACUCAUGACCUCAGCUAUUGAAAAAGAUUGGGCAUAUUUAAUUAAGUCAAUUGGGAACAGUGGGAUCCCAUUUCUGCAAGCCAAAGACAUUUUGUUUGAGCUCACUUUGAAGAACAAGUUACAGGAGUGGCUUUUGGAAAGAGUAGCUGAAGGGAGUAAAACCACUAUUCGUGAUACUCGAGGUCAAGGUGUGAUUCACCUGUGUGCUAUCCUAGGUUAUACAUGGGCUGUUUACCCAUAUUCACGUUCAGGUCUCUCUUUAGAUUUUCGAGAUGCAUAUGGAUGGACAGCACUUCAUUGGGCUGCAUUCUAUGGAAGGGAGAAAAUGGUUGCAGUCCUUUUAUCUGCGGGUGCUAAGCCAAACUUGGUCACAGAUCCUACCCCAGAAUUCCCUGGUGGACGCACUGCUGCUGAUCUUGCAUCUAAGAAUGGUUAUGAGGGAUUAUCUGCUUAUCUUGCAGAAAAGGCUUUAAUAUUCCAAUUUUAUGAGAUGAAAAUAUCUGGAAAUGCAAGUGGCUCCUUGGGAACUAACACAACCACUUACACAAGCCCUGAAGCAUUAAAUGAGGAUGAACUGUGCCUGAAGGAUACAUUGGCUGCAUAUCGGACAGCUGCUGAUGCAGCAGCCCAUAUACAGGCUGCAUUCAGACAACACUCACUGAAGCUAAAGGAGAAAGCAGUUCAGCUUGCCAAUCCAGAGAUGGAAGCACGCAAUAUAAUUGCAGCCAUGAAGAUUCAGCAUGCCUUCCGUAACUAUGAGACACGAAAGAAGAUGACAGCUGCAGCACGAAUCCAAUACAGAUUCCGUACUUGGAAGAUCCGAAAAGAUUUUCUUAAUAUGCGUCGACAAGCUAUCAAAAUUCAAGCUGUUUUUCGAGGCUACCAAGUACGAAGACAGUACCGCAAAAUUCUUUGGUCAGUUGGAGUACUCGAGAAGGUGAUUUUACGCUGGCGUCUUAAGAGAAAAGGCUUUCGUGGUCUUUCUGUCGAACUUGAACCAACUCAAGAAAUGCCAGUAGAUCAAAAUCAAGAAAGUGAUGUGGAGGACGACUUCUUCCGGGUUAGUAGGAAGCAAGCUGAAGAACGUGUUGAGAGAUCUGUUGUACGGGUCCAGGCCAUGUUCCGAUCAAAGCAAGCACAACAAGAGUACCGGAGGAUGAAAUUGGCCUAUGAUCAGGCAGCGUUGGAAUAUGAAGAUCUUCUUGAUCCUGAAGUCAGAAAUCAAAAGUGAAGAAGCACUAGUUGCUCCUGGGUGAUUCUGAAAACUCCAGCAGCGCAGCUGGAAAAAAACACCGGUCCAUUGCAGGUUUGUGUUCUUCAAUCAUAUACACAUCAUCUCAUCGAAGUAGAUGUAUAGUUUGAUCAUUUCCGACCGAUCUUUGUAUGUUGAGUAGGCCAUGGAGCUGUGUUCUUUGUAUGUUGUGUAGGCCAUGGAGCUAAAACGAUUUUUUGUCAAUGUAAAUCCAUAUAAGAAACUAGUGAUAGUCUAUGAUUCAGCAUGUCCAACCAAAGUGUAAUGUUGACAGACUGUGUUUUAAUGAUCCGCAAAAAAAUAGAAAGUUAGUAACUUAAUUUGUAAA